CUAAGAUCCUGAUGACGGGUGACACUUUAAACUGCUGCAAGCUGAUUACAAAUCCUGACUUUAUCUUCAUAUACCCUCUUGAGGAUCUCUUGCCUGUCCCACACACAACAGUAACUGGGACUUUGCCACAUACGACUAAGAGACCAACGACUACAACUCUUCAGCCGAUGUCUACAACUACAGAGAUUGUUACGACUCUAAAACCAAUAUCCACAACUAAGGAAGCACUUCUUUCAUCCUCAACUGCAACAACAGUCUUUACCACCAAACCACCCUUGAAAACAAGUUCAACAUCAUCUUCUUUGACUGAAAAAGAAAUUGUUUCAUCUUCAACAGCAACAAGUUCACACAUCAGUACCUCCAUACCAAUGGAAACAACCCGAACAGAAAGUUCAUCGACAAUUAAAGAAAUAAUUCUUUCAUCCUCAACAGCAACAACAACAUUAAGUCCAUACAUCACUACCUUCAUACCAUUCAUGGAAACAACCCUAACAGAAAUUUCCUCAACAUUUAAAGAAGCUAUUGUUUCAUCUUCAACAGAAAGUCUCUUCUUAACAAAGACAACCACAUGCCCUUCUCCUGAUGGCUCAAUAUCAGACAGCUUUUUUAAGGUCAACCUCACUGUGACUAUAGAGGGCCCAGAUAAUAAUCCCGAGAGCAUAAUUAAAACCUGGCUUUACAAAACUCUCUCUAGUGAAGAAAUAUUUGUGUUGAACUUCAAACUCUUGACCCCCUUGACACAUGGAAGAAAGCGGCGCGCAGACAAACAUACACCAUCCAAAGCAGUAGAAAAGCAUUCCCUGCUCUUAAUAACAAGCCAUAGCUGUGUCUUUCAAGCUAAGGUUAAAACUUCCUCAAACAUUGAAGAGACACAGCAACAGAUUCAUGCAUUUCUGGACAAACCUUACACCAGUGGAGCAAUCAGCUUGGAUGCCCAGCCCGAGGACAUUUUGAUUUCUCAUAUAGAACCAGGUUCAUGCACUGAGUACAAUCAUCAGACCAGAAUGGGGCUUUUCCACUGGUCCCAAACUGAGGUUGAACGCGUCGCCUGGCAUUCCUGUGAGGGGAACCCAGAAAAUACAGCAAAUAGGAAAUGUUCACUGGGGGCUGACUCUAACAAAGCUCACUGGAUCGCUCCAGACUUGGGACGAUGCCAGGUUGUGGUCAAGAGUCUGAAAGACCUGGAAGACAUUACAGUUACUAAUGAAAAUGCAGUUGAUAUUCUGAUCAUGAUAGAGGACUUGAUACAUGAGAAAAGAGUUCUGGAUGAGUACGAGCUUUCAACGGUGCUGGAUAAACUGGCCGAAGUGAUAAACGUUAGUGUGAUCACGCCAAAAGUAGGAGAGGCCAUCAUCAACAUCACCUCUGACAUCCUGGAGUCUGACAGCAACCUGCAGCCUUUCACUAAUUGCAUUCUAAACAUCACAGAGGCCAUCGGAGACAAGAUGUCAGGUUUCACUGGCGAGUCAGUCAAUUUAGUAGCUCCAGCCAUUGCAAUAUCAGUGGUCAAUAUUGACCCAGGAAAUUUCCAUAACCUCACCUUUGGAGUCUCAUCUGCUAACAAAGACUCUUACCUUGAGAUUUAUAUCAACCAAGAGCCUUUUAAUGGUACAGUGGCCUUCAUCUCCCUGCCCUCAAUAAUACAAGAAAGCUUCCCCAUCCUCAAUGACACCAUCCCUCGUAUUCAGUUUCAGUUUUAUGGAGUUCCAUCUCUUUUUCAAACAAAGGAAGAAAUGAAAAAAUUGAACACUUAUGUGGUGUCUGCCAGUGUGACUAAUGCCACAGGUCCCAUUAAAAACUUAAAGGAGUAUAUUGUAAUCACUCUGCACCAUCUCAAGGCCAAGAGACAUGACCAGGAUGUCCAGUGUGUUUUCUGGGAUUUUAAUAAGAAUGAUGGCUAUGGAGGAUGGAACCCAAAUGGGUGCUGGACAUACAAUGUCAGCAAUGAUUACACCACCUGUCUGUGUGACCAUCUCACCCAUUUUGGGGUUCUGCUGGAUGUAUCCAGAACUCCUAUUGAUGCAAAGAAUGAGAAAAUCCUCACUCUUAUCACAUACAUGGGCUGUGGUGUCUCUUCCUGCUUUCUUGGGAUCACAGUGCUAACAUACACUCUCUUAGAGAAGCUGAGAAGAGACUACCCGUCCAAAAUUCUAUUAAACCUGUCCCUCGCUUUACUGGGACUCAACCUGACAUUUCUGAUAAACUCCUGGAUCUCUUCUUUCGGGAUCUAUGGCCUAUGUAUUGCUGUGGCAACAGCCUUACACUAUUUCCUAUUGACUUCCUUUACAUGGAUGGGCCUGGGAGCUGUGAAUAUGUACUUUGCUUUGGUCAAAGUUUUCAAUGUGUAUGUGCCCUCAUACAUCUUGAAAUUCUGUCUGCUUGGCUGGGGGAUUCCACUUAUAAUAUGUGGCUUUGUGCUGGCCAUAAAGAGAGAUGCAUAUGGCAUGAUCAUGAGUGAUUCCCAGAUGACUUUGGAUGAUUCAGAUAUGUUCUGCUGGGUGCAAGAUGAUGUGGUUUUCUAUGUGUCAGUGGUGAGCUACAUAGCUCUCAUACUGCUCUGCAAUGGCUCCAUAUUCUUAGUGGUUCUCAUCCAGAUACGAAACAUGCAAGUCAAUCAGCCAGCAGGCACUCGUAGUGACCUCUUGAAAGACCUGCGGGCUGUGGCGAGCCUUACCUUCCUAUUGGGUCUCACCUGGGCUGUGGCUUUUCUUGCCUGGGGUCCAGUCAAAGUGUUUCUCCUCUACCUGUUCUCCAUACUCAACAGCCUGCAAGGUUUCUUUAUUUUUGUCUUCCACUGUCUCAUGAAGGAAAAUGUACGCAAGCAAUGGAGAGUACAUUUAUGCUGUGGAGUUUUCAAGCUGCAAGAGUAUUCAGAGUGGAGCCAAACUGCAACUGUCGGUCCCAAACCCAAACCCAAUCCACCAAAUAAGUUUCCCUUAAUAGCAUCUGUGAGAUCCAUCAAGUCUAAUUCAACCCAGAGCUCAUCAGUUUCCUCAGAAUGCAGCCAAUGGCAAGUGUCUAUUACAAGACCUGACCUGGGUUGUGUAUAUGAAAACAGUUUGGUAAUCCCAAGAGCCAGGGCAGGACUGUCAGCGCCCUCAGUCACAGGAAGUGGACAUUAGUUUCUCUCAAGACAGUGAAAGAACUGAACAUUCACAGACAUUUAGCAAAAAUAAAUGAGACCAUUUUUUUUGUUUCUCAUAACAGUUUUGUGGCACAUCCUAUAUGGAAACGUUCAGUUUUAAAAAUUACACUUGGUUCCUCUGGUAGAAAAGUAAACCAUGUUGUAGAAGAUAAACCUUUCAUAGAUCCUCAGAUUAUAUCCUACAUUAUAAUCUUAGGCUUUGUUGUUGCAUGAUAUAACAGUAAAGUUGUAAACAGUAGACAAACAUGUUGUUGUAUCUUAAGCAAAAACAAAUUUAAAUUGUCAAGCUUGAUUGGGAUUGAUUCAUUGUACUAAGAAAAAAAAAUUACCUGUCAAAUCAAAUUAUAUUUCAAUAUAAUAUCAAAUGCAAACCCCAUUAUAUUAAAUAAUGUUUAAUCCUC